UAUUGCUCCACGUCUGCAGGACUGAGUAAAAUGGACGCGGUGCUGCUGGAUCCGUCGCUGUAUACAGUGAAAGCUGUUUUGAUCUUGGACAAUGAUGGAGAAAGAUUACUUGCCAAGUACUAUGAUGAGACAUAUCCAACCGUGAAAGAGCAGAAGGCGUUUGAGAAGAAUAUAUUUAAUAAAACCCAUCGGACGGACAGUGAGAUUGCUCUACUUGAGGGACUAACGGUGGUCUAUAAGAGUUCCAUUGAUCUAUACUUCUAUGUCAUUGGAAGCUCGCAUGAGAAUGAGCUCAUGUUGAUGGCAGUUCUCAAUUGUCUUUUUGACUCACUAAGUCAAAUGCUCCGAAAAAAUGUGAAAAGCGAACUCUGCUUGAAAACAUGGAAGGACUGUUCCUGGCAGUUGAUGAGAUAAUAGAUGGCGGUGUUAUUUUGGAAAGCGAUCCUUAGCAAGUAGUUCACCGGGUCGCCCUGAGGGGAGAUGAUGUUCCUCUCACAGAACAAACCGUUUCUCAAGUUCUUCAGUCGGCAAAAGAGCAAAUAAAGUGGUCACUUCUGCGAUAGGUGGAUAAUUUUAAGUACGGCACAUAUUCAUUCCGUCUUGAGAAGACUUUCCACGCUCCUCCCUCUACUUUAACCCCUUAAGGACCAAACUUCUGGAAUAAAAGGGAAUCAUGACCUGUCACACAUCAUGUGUCCUUAAGGGGUUAAUCUGUAUAAUGAGCAUUACCUUUUUAUAGUUCUAGGUCAUUGCACUAAUGUCCUUGUGUCAUUGUUCCUGCUUAUAAGGACAGUAAUUCAAUGCUCUGCAGCUCCCUAGAACAGCAAAUUCCUUUACAACUUUUGACUUUAUUGCCUUUGUUUGUCCUAUCACACAUAUAGCUUCCUUAUCUUUAGCGAAUGCUAGCAAGUGAGAACAUAGCACCACGUUGUUGUAGUACUAGAACAUCACAAAGUGUCAUUACAAAUUCAACCAUUGUCCUUACAAUUAAAGCCACAGAGCUAGUAUUUCAUUUUUCAUGUUGCCUAUUAUUGGCAGUAAAUGCCCAUACCACAGAGUAGUAGAUUUCUCCAGGGGGUUUGGAUCAUGUACAGUUACCUUUUUUCUUUAUAACAUUAUCUUCAGGAAUAAUAAUAAAGAACCUCCAUAUCCUUUCACGCUCUACCAGAGACCACAGCCUUGGGCAAUAUGAUAUUACAUUAAAUGCAAUGUGAGUUGACAAAGUGGACCAAUUGUGUGUGUAUAAAGGGCAUGCCUGUGCUACUUCAGGGUUGCCCAAGUCCAUAACCGAAGUAUCUUAAAAACCUAGGCCACUGCUUUCCAAAUGCAGAUGGUGGGUUUCUGACCCCCAGCAUGCCUAAAAAGUCUGCAUUCCUUGUUAUAUAGCAUCAGUGUUCUAGUUGAUGCUGUGGACCUACAAAAUUUUAAAGGCCUGCAUUCUGCAUCAGUAGGACCGCACUGGUCUAGGUAUAAAAAACAUUCUACAUGAAAGCUGCCUGAUAUGUUUUCAUGCCUGAAUUGCACUCACAUGUGAAACCGAAAGCUGUACAAAAUAUUAAUAAACAUUCAACCAACAUGAAAAAAAAAA